CCAAGGAGGUGAUGCUAACGCUAACUAAAGCGAGGACAAGCAAAACAGAAAGUGUUCCAAACGCAAUGAGGCCUCCUGAGGGACUUCAUCGUGAGAGAGAGAGAAAGGCUUUGAGAGGGAAACUGAGCGAGAGUGACACACUGACAAGAACAUUUGACAUCCGGGGGGCGACCAAGCACAAGUUCAAUUUCCAGCGUCACGUUCAGGGAUGGGAUGUACUUGCAGUGGCCAAGUGGUGGGUGACAACUCCCACAGAAGAAAAAGAUGUUCUCUGGACCCCAACGCUUCUAAUCACAUGGUUUGGGGUGGCAACACUUAUUGUGACAACGGAAACUUCCAGCUGUCCAGACACUAUGCUAACUUCAUCAUCCCGUCGGCGUGUUCAGACGAUGCGGUGUUUGUGGCGCAGCACGACUUCAAGCCAACCAACCACAGAGAUCUCUCCUUCGGCAAGGGGGAUCAGUUCAAGGUGCUGCAAGAACAUGGAGAAUGGUGGCUGGCUCGCUCCUUGUCUACCGGACACGAGGGUUUCAUACCGUCCAAUUACGUGGCACGGACGGACACACUGGAGGUGGAGAAGUGGUUUUUCAAGGACCUGAGCAGGAGAGAAACCGAAAGGCUGCUCCUGGCGCCUGGAAACAAACCAGGGGCCUUCCUCAUACGUGAAAGUGAGACGUGUAAAGGUUCCUUCUCGCUGUCCGUCAGAGAUUUUACAGCAGAAACGGCCGACGUGGUGAAACACUACAAGAUCCGCUCUCUGGACAAAGGAGGCUACUACAUCUCCCCGUCCAGCACAUUUCCUUCCCUGCAGGAGCUGGUUAAAUUCUACACAGGUACAGCGGACGGCUUGUGCCAGCGCCUGUACGCCCCCUGCAAGAAAAAGCCCCCCCAGCAGCCGUGGGCUCCGGAUGAGUGGGAGAUCCCCAGAGAGACCCUAAAACUGGUGAAGAAACUCGGGGCCGGCCAGUUCGGAGAAGUAUGGAUGGCUUACUAUAAGAACACGCUGAAGGUGGCCGUGAAGACCUUGAAGGAGGGCACCAUGGAGCCGCACGCCUUCCUGCAGGAGGCCAACCUGAUGAAGCAGCUGCAGCAUGAGCGGCUGGUGCGACUCCACGCCGUGGUCACCGUGGAGCCCAUUCUCAUCGUCACUGAGUUCAUGGUCCAUGGAUGUCUGCUGGACUUUCUCAAAACAGAUUACGGAAAAAGGCUCAGGCUGAAUAAGCUGAUAGACAUGUCAGCGCAGAUAGCUGAAGGCAUGGCGUACAUCGAGAGCAAGAACUCCAUCCAUCGAGACCUGCGAGCAGCAAACAUCCUGGUCAGCGACACUUUGCACUGCAAAAUUGCAGACUUUGGCCUGGCCAGGCUGGUGGAGUCUGAAUACACGGCUCAAGAAGGUGCAAAGUUUCCCAUCAAGUGGACGGCUCCUGAGGCCAUCAACUACGGCACGUUCAGCAUCAAGUCAGAUGUCUGGUCCUUUGGGGUCCUCCUGACAGAAAUAGUCACCUAUGGAAGAAUACCGUACCCCGGGAUGACAAACCCCGAGGUGAUCCGAAACCUGGAGCGCUCCAUCAGGAUGCCGCGUCCUGAGGGCUGUCCCGAGGAGCUCUACCGCAUCAUGAUGGCCUGCUGGAAGGAGAGGCCUGAGGAGCGGCCCACCUUUGAAUUCCUGCAAAACAUUCUCAACGACUUCUUUGUCGCCACUGAGGGACAAUACGAGAUGCAGCCGUGACCCCAAAGUGUGACCACAGUGACUCCAUUGUGGAUUCUGACAGGGUACAGCAGUGUACACGCUGGACGAAAGCAGCUAUUGGGGGGAAGAGUCAACACAGGGAACAUCAGACACAUCAUUCAAGCAGCAGGCCUACGGUACAUCCCCGUACAGCCAGAACACUGCUUUCAAAGCAUUUCAACUUGUACAUUUUUACAUAUUUUUGGUAAGUCAAAAAUAUAGAAUCUUUUAAAAACAUUUUUUGUAUAUUUUGUUAUAUUUUUGAAAUGAUUAUUAGGGGUGCACGAUAAAAGGGCCGAUAUGACAUCAUACCGAUAAAUGUGAUAACAUUAAAAAUAGCUCUCAUAAUUGAUCAUUUAAAAAAAAAACGCUCCAAUACAGCGAGAUUACCCGUACUGUGCAUGUGAGCAAAUCAAGCGCUCCUUUUUUCUCCUGCCUGUGACGUUGGCGGCCUGCCGUCACUUACAAACAAACAUUGACUUUCCCAGGAAGACAUUUUGCAUGCUCGUUGUACCAAAUGCUCCGCAAUGAGGGGAAAAAAACCCAUCGAGCACACAAAAAAACCUUACCAGCCACCUGAAACACCAGCGCCGCAGCAUUUGAAAAGUGCAAAAGGUUUGCCAGAGACCUCCGUGGCGUCGCACCGGCUGCUCGGAGCGUGUGCCCGAAUACAGUGCACCUUGCCGGGCCACAGCAGGUGGCUCGUCCCCCUUUGCUGUAUACUCUGGUUCUCCUGAUGGAAGAGAUGUGGUGGUGCAGUAGUAAUGUCACCAUACUUGAUUAGGACAAAUCAACAGGUUCAAUUGGUCAAAGUCUAAUUUGUUGGAGUCCUUCUUACCUGCAGGUGUGCACAAACGACAGUUUAAUCUAAAUUGAAAAAGUAGAUGUGAAAAUGUUAUCGGUACCAUAUGGAUCUUGAGAAGCAGAAAACGAUCGUUAUCGGUUUGAAAAAGACAUAUUGUGCAUCUCUAUUACUUCUGUAAAUGAAUAACAUAGAUUGUAUAGUGUUUUAUAGCAGAAUAUGCUGUUUAAUAUCUUAUAGGACAAAACCAGUGCUUCAGUGGCAGAAAACCCCCAAAAGGCCUAAAGACCCCAAAAUAAAAUGACAGCAUUUUCACCUCAACUUGAACAUUUUAUUCCUAAACUACAGUGACGAAAAAGCUGUACUGUUUUGGAAUUCAGUGUGCACGGAACCCUUCAACUUCAGCGUUUUGCAGUGAUUAACUUCUUUUUACACCUGUAUGACAGUUAGGUAUGUGGAAUGAGUAGCAUCUAUGAGGCCUGAAGCAUCUCAUUUGUCAUUAACAGAACAACUUUGAUAUUUUAUUGUUUUAGUACGCUAAUACCAACAGUGGUUAACUUCUUUUUACACAUGUAUGACAAAGUAUUAUUUUAAAUAGUGCCUACACACACUAUACACACACUACACACACCACAGCUUGACCCUGGAACAGAUCGUUGAUAUUAUUUCCUAUGGGAAAAUAUGUUCGCUCCUGUAGCGCUCACAAUAAACAUAACACAGGAAGUAGCACAAACAUGGCAAUAACCUCACUCUUGCAGCAAGUAAAAAAUGAUUUCAUAGUACUUUCAUCACCCUUUGAGUAAUUUUAGCCCCCAAAAAACAUCAACUUGAUUGUACAGCACUGACCCCCUCCCUCGGAUGAAGGACCAAAGCACAUCUCAGAGAUAAGAAUGGGAUGGUUGCCAUCCAGGGGUGACAGCCUGCCAUUUCCUGGACGGACAGGAAACAGGAAAUGCUAGUCAGCAUUCCUGAGAUGCCACACAGCGAGACCGCCACCCCUGAGCCACUCCAUUUCCCUGAAAAUAAUGUUGUGAACACAUGAGAGUGAAAUGGUGACAGUGGGUGUGGAUGAAUGUUGUGGACUCUUAGUUAGUUAUAUAAUUAAGCCUAA